AUGCUACAGCGCGGGACUAAUAAAAUCGAUAUCUGGGCGCUCAAUACAGCAGUCCCUUCGUUCCGUAUCAUUUAUAAUGAUACGCAAUUAAUCACAUAUCUCACGACCUACUUCACUGGGCCCCCGAGCGAGACCUCAGUUGCUUCCUCAUUCUUUGUUGUUCAAGACGAAGGUGAUCCUGCACCAGAAAUUUCGCGGAAGAGUGACCGUAAUGUCGAGCUCAUAGAGCCAGAGACAGAGGAAGCUCGUCGUCUUACGGAAGUUCGCCGUCUUGAGGAUGAAGAAGCUCGUCAUCUUAAGGAGGAAGAAGCUCACCGUCUUGCUGAGAAGGAAGCUCGCCGUCUUGCUGAGGAGGCUCCCCGCGUUAAAAAGGCGCAACAAUUCAAUCAACCGCUGCCACCUCGGCUUCCGCCAAAAUGGACCGGCCAUAUGAUUCAGAUUCCUCAGUAUGACCUCAACCUUGGAAUUCCUGUGCCUGCUCUGUCGUUUGACGGCGGUGAUACUGCUGGGACUGCAGCAAUUGAUAAUGGCGAACCAGUUGAAGGCGAAACCGAUGAAAUGCUCCAAGUACGCACCCUUCUCUCUAAUGUUAGACUACUUGAGCAUAUGACUACGGCACGUUUUGAGGAGUUCUGCGACUUCUUUGAGCUGCCUCAUGAUAUAUCAAUCAAGUCGCUUCUUCGAUUUCCUGGGAUCAAGACUGCCGUUGCCAUCUACCAGCUCUUUGCCGCAUAUUUCUUUGUAAUGAUCGAUGGCCGUAGCAGCAGCCUACGGGGAGGCUACCUCGCUGACAAUACUGGCUUUGGAAAAUCACUGGAAAUACUCUUAGAGAUUGUGCUUACUCAUUUGAUGCUACUUUUUGUAUUAGGUCUUAGUCUCAGUCCUAAGCAAGCUAAAGAGUUCGCAACAAAGAACACGGCCCACGGCAUCAUUAAAUACGAGCCUAGUGAACAUGAGAAGCUCUUCUGCGUUGAAGACGAUGAAGGCUGGGGCUAUAUACCGCACACUUCUCAGUACAUACUGCUCAUCUCAAAGAAGCUCGUUUAUCGUCGAAUCCAGCAGACCAAUUUGCAGCACGUCCUGUGGAGCAGGGUCGCAGCCGACGAGAUCCACGAAUCAAGGAGCCCUAAUACAGAGAUUAUGAGGUUUCUGUUUGACCAGCAUCUGGAUACAUUCGUCCUUAUGGCAUUAGCUACGGCAUGGGAUAAGUCGCCUAAGGAUCUACAGCUACCUCUACAGAUCAUUCAGCGUAAAUGGCAUACGAUCCAGAAGCCUGGUGCAGGAAAGACUUUUGCUUUUAUUGCUAAAAAUGGCAUUUAG